GGGGACUCUUCUGCUAAACUGCCAGCGACAAACUGCCAGCGACAAACUGCCGACGCACGGUGCUGCCUCUUCUCUGUCACUCGAACGACUCGCGGGCUGAAUGUUUCUCUCGGGCACUUGCGAUCCAGGAAUAUGUUAGGAAUAGUAAAAAUGGAAGGACAUGAGACGACAGAUUGGAGCAACUAUUACCAGGACGCCCAGGAGGGCUAUUCUUCAGUGCCGGUCAGUAACAUGCCCCAGGGCUUGGCCACUAUGAACACUUACAUGACUAUGAAUCCCAUGAGCUCCGGCAGUAACAUCACAUCAGGCUCAUUUAAUAUGCCCUAUGGCAACUCCGGCCUGGGAGCGGGACUGAGCCCCAGUGGAAUGUCUGGAAUGGGAUCAGCCGGUGCAAUGAAUGGAAUGGGGUCUGGAGUCCCCUCUAUGGGCAGCGCUCUGAGCCCCUCUAAUAUGAACGCCAUCCAAUCAGCCCAACAAGCCUCAAUGAACUCUUUGUCCUAUUCCAGCAUGAACUCGGGCAUGAGCCCCAUGGGCUACGGGGCGACCAAUAUUAACAGGACAAGGGACAGCAAAACGUUCCGGAGAAGUUACCCCCACGCGAAACCCCCUUAUUCGUACAUCUCUCUGAUCACCAUGGCCAUUCAGCAGGCGCCCAGUAAAAUGCUGACUCUGAGCGAGAUCUACCAGUGGAUCAUGGACCUGUUUCCCUACUACCGGCAAAACCAGCAGCGCUGGCAGAACUCCAUCAGGCACUCCCUGUCCUUCAACGACUGCUUUAUUAAGGUCUCCAGGUCCCCAGACAAGCCGGGCAAAGGCUCUUACUGGACUUUGCACCCCGAUUCUGGGAACAUGUUUGAGAAUGGCUGUUACCUCCGCAGGCAGAAGCGAUUUAAAUGCGAGAAAACGCAAGGGGGGAAAGGCAACCAAGAUGGCAGGAAAGAUCAUUCUGGUCCAUCGUCUCCAUUGCACCGGGUCCAUGGCAAGUCCAGCCAGAUGGACAGCAGUUCCUCCAUGUCCAACCCUUCCAGUAGCCCUCAAGCCUUGGAACACAACGGUUCUAAUGGGGAGAUGAAACCUCAAGUAGCAGCUGGUCCUUCUCCUCUUUCUUCUCACCAGAACCAUUCUACUCACUCAUUGGCCCAUGAAACCCAUAUUCACCUCAAGGGAGACCCCCAUUAUUCCUUCAACCACCCAUUCUCCAUUAACAAUUUAAUGUCAUCCUCAGAGCAACAGCACAAACUGGACUUCAAAGCCUAUGAGCAGGCUCUCCAGCAGUAUUCCUCUUAUGGUGGGGGGCUCCAAGGAAUGCCUUUGGGGAGCCCCUCUAUGACUGGGAGAGGGACCAUUGAACCUUCAGCCCUGGAACCCACAUACUACCAAGGGGUGUAUUCCAGGCCUGUCCUAAACACCUCCUAGGACCAGCAACAUUCUCCUGGGAACAUUGGGUGGCCUUUGAUUUCUUCACAUCAAGACUGUUACCUGAAUAAAGUCUCCAUAUAAAUAAGGGGUUCAAAUAUGUUAUUUUAAACAA